AUGAAAAACACUAUCAAGAAGCUGGUUCAUGAGCCCGCCCAAUUCACACCUCAGGAUGCUGAACAUGCCAUCAACGAAAUCAUGAAGGGAUCUGCUACACCCAGUCAAAUAUCGGCAUUCUUAGUAUCACUUAAACUGCAAGGCAUGGACAAUGAUCCUCGUAUUGUGGCAGCUUGUGCCACUGCCAUGCGUAGUCAUGCCAGAUUAGUGCCUUACACAGACUAUGAGCAUUUGACUGGCAAUGUCGUCGAUAUUGUAGGCACAGGCGGCGAUGGACAUGACACAUACAACGUAUCCACUACAGCAUCCGUAGUUGCAGCAGGAGCAGGUGCCAAAGUAGCCAAGCAUGGCAACAGAGCAGCUUCGUCCAAAUCAGGCUCUGCUGAUCUCAUGGAAGCUCACGGAUGUCAAAUUGCACUCGUCGAACCAAACCAAGUGGCUGGUAUCUUGGACAGAACCAACUUUUGCUUUUUAUUCUCACAGACAUAUCACCCUGCCAUGAAGCAUGUGGCAUCAUUAAGAAAAGAGAUUGCCGUGCCAACCGUGUUCAAUAUGCUGGGCCCAAUGUCAAAUCCUGCUCAUCCUACUCGUGUGGUGGUUGGCGUCCAUUCACCUGAAAUCGGAGAACUGAUGGCAAAUGCGCUCAAAUUGACUGGUGUCAAGGAAGCGUUGGUUGUGUGUGGAUCAGAGAAAUUAGACGAGAUCAGUCCAGCAGGCGAGACAAAUUACUGGAGAAUUCAUGGCUGUGGAGACAUUACAGUGGGAUCAUUGCAUCCUACCCGUGAUUUCGGAUUACAAACACAUCCCUUGUCAGAGGUGAAAGGUGGUGAUUGUUUUGAAAAUGCAGCAACAUUGACUAAAUUAUUAAACGACGAACUGGAGGAAAACCAUCCCAUCUUGGAUUUUGUGCUGUUGAAUGCAGCUGCUUUGUUAGUGGUGUCUGGUGUGGCUACCGACUUCAAGGAUGGCGUAUCUAAAGCACGUGAAUCCGUCAAGAGUGGUGAAGCAAAGAGAGUGUUGGACGCAUUCAGACAAGAGACUUUAAAUAGUGUUUAA